AUGGAUACGAUGACAAAGGAAGAGAGGAGAAAGCUGAAGAAGGAGAAGAAGAAGCAGGCUGGCUUAGCCAAGCUUGAUGGAGGUCGGCCGUCGAUUCUUCUCAGUCGCAAUUACAACAUGAAACUCAAGCUCAAGGACUUGCGCGACCUAGUUGUGUAUCUGUUGACCGAGACCAAGACACUGCCAUGGAUGAUGGUCAAGAAUAAGUUCAACAUCCAAAAGGUUGUUCUUCUCUAUGUCGGAGGUCUGGAUCCUUCGUUUUUUGGAAUCGACUACAAGGAUGAGGAUGCGACAGCACCCGUGGCAUGGGCAUCGACGGCGACAGAAGGACCAAUCACGGAGAUGAGGAACUUGAAGAGGUUCUUUGAUGUCGUAAGUCCCAUGAAGGCUGGAGGCGAAAAGAACAAGAUCUACUCACCCGUCAAUCAGAUCCUCAACAUCCCCCUGAGCAACACGGAGAAGAUCAAACGGGAAGCUGCAAGAGCUAAAGCGCGAGUACCGGAUUUGAAGAGGGAUGGAUAUAUGUUGACACCGCAGGAGAUGCAGGAACUAGAGUUUCCUCUUCCAAGCUACAUGACUGGCGGUGUCUCGGAACUCAAGGAAAACUGGAUCGAAACGGAUCAGCUCGCCAACUCAGUCUCUCCUGACCAACGGAAACUGAUCGCCAUGGACUGUGAAAUGUGUCUCACCGAGCACGGUUCAGAGUUGACGCGCAUUACGCUUAUUGGCGAGGACGGGAAAGUCAUCUAUGACGAGCUGGUUCUGCCAACCAACCCUAUCACGGACUAUCUGACCAAAUACUCGGGAAUGACAGCAGAGCGUCUUAGUGGUGUGACGACAAGACUUGCGGACGUUCAAAAGAGGUUGAAGGAACUCAUCGACUACGACACCAUCCUUGUUGGUCACUCCCUCGAGAACGACAUGAAGGUUUUGAAGUUUGCACAUCCAUUUAUUAUCGACACCGCAAGGGUAUAUCAUCACACGCGAGGACCUCCCUCGCGACCCUCAUUGAAGUGGCUGGCGUACAGAUGGCUUGAGCGGAGGAUUCAGAACGGAGGCGACAACGGACACGACUCUAUCGAGGAUGCCCUCACUUGCUUGGACCUCAUCAAACUCAAGAUCAAGAAUGGACAAGGCUUUGGCGAGUACUACAACGAUCAGGAAUCGGUCUUUUCUAGGAUCAAACGAUACACCAAGCCCAGGACAUCGGCAGCGAUUGACGACGAGUCUUUCGUGAACUGCCAGGAUGCUACCACAUACAUCAAGACGACCAGUGAUGCCGAGGUUGUCGCUGCCCUUCCUAAAGCCAUGAGGGAUCAUCAUUUUGUCUGGGCACGGCUUCGUGACCUGGAGAUCAACUAUGGAAAACCUGGACCAGAUGUGUCAAUUGCAUCAGGGCAUCAUCCAGACCAGGGGCGGGCUGCUUUUCUGUCGUACGAGAACCGGGUUGAUGCGACUGAGGAGGAGAUUCGGGAGGCGGCCCGGAGUGUUGACAAGAGCCUUGCGGCGAUUGUGGAAGCGAUGCCGCCCAACACGGCUUUUUUGGUGACGAGCGGGCAAGGCGAUCCGCGGGGGAUGUUCAAGUACCAGGAGCUCCAAAAGAGAUACCAGGCGCUGUACAACUCUGUGAGCAUCAGUGAGAUCGCCAAGGAGGAUCGGUUUGAUGAUGAGACCCAGGCGGCUCUUGAGCUUGGUGUUGAGCAGGCCAAGAACGGCGUGUGCUUUUUUAUGGUCAGGUAG